AAUCGCUUGCCGCAACGCAGCAGCAGCGCCUCCUUCUCUCUGCCUGCAGCCGACGCAAACGAAUUCCUCGGGAUCCAUCCCUCCCCGCCGUUGUCGUCGCCCUCCCCACUCGAUCGCCGCCGCCGCGCCCCCGCAAUGCCCCGCUUGUGACCCAUGCGCUCGCACGCGAUCCAGCCUCCGGUUCUGCGAGCGUGCCCCCCGGCGCCCGCGGCGGCGGCGUCGACCGGGAGGCGGGCCCCGCCGCGUGUGAGGGGGCUCGUGGCGGUGGCGGCAUUGGGCGGGGGCGGCCCGGCUGGGAGAGGGAUGGAGCAGCAGCAGCACCACAGCGUCAGCGUGGACGACGGCUCCCGCAGCCCAGUGAGGGAGAAACCUCUAGUGUCAACCAUUGCGAAAUCAACCAAUAUACUAUGGCACAACUGCCCAAUUGGACAAUCUGAGAGGCAGAACUUGUUGGGCCAAAAAGGAUGUGUCAUUUGGAUCACAGGACUCAGUGGCUCAGGGAAAAGUACCCUUGCAUGUGCACUGAGUCGGGAGUUGCAUUGCAGUGGCCACCUCGCUUACGUCCUUGAUGGUGACAACCUAAGGCAUGGCCUAAAUCGAGAUCUAAGCUUCAAGGCAGAAGACCGUGUAGAAAAUAUCCGAAGAGUUGGAGAAGUAGCAAAGCUAUUUGCAGAUGCUGGUGUCAUAUGCAUUGCUAGUUUGAUAUCUCCAUAUAGGAGAGACCGUGAUGCGUGCCGGGCUCUUCUUCCAGAGUCUAGAUUUAUUGAAGUAUUUAUGGAUUUGCCACUAGAAAUUUGUGAAGCUCGUGACCCUAAAGGUCUAUACAAGCUUGCACGCUCUGGAAAGAUAAAAGGCUUCACUGGAAUUGAUGAUCCAUACGAAUCGCCAGUGAAUAGCGAGAUAGUAAUUAAGAUGGUAGAUGGGGAAUGUCCUUCACCAAAAUCAAUGGCCAGGCAUGUUCUAUGCUAUCUUGAAGAGAACGGAUACCUGCAAGCUUAGUAUAUGUUUGAGAAGAUUGAUUUAAUUCCUAUGUGUCCGCUACUCGUGGACGCAGGUGUGAUCCAUUUGGUCCAGAAUAAGAUGCAUCAGAAAGAGAUGCAAUUCAGUCGUUUUAUCUUCAUAGGUUACUCGCUCCUGUGUACUGUUCUAGCAUAGCUACAAUUUGUUGACUCCGCAUGCACAUUCCGGUUAAAACUCUCAGUUGUAUUGAUUCUAAGUAAUAUAUAAUUUGCGAGCAAUUUUACAGUACUUGAGAAGGUACCAAGAUGUACUAUUUUUUUCUAUGUAAAUUUUAGUACCUCUUGGUACCUUAAGUACUGGGAGGUAUCAAAAUUUACGCUAAUAUUUUAGUACCUACUGGUAACUUCUCAAGAAUUGUAAAAUUACUCAUAAUUUGUUACCGGGUCCUGAUUAUUUUUAAUAAACUGGGUGCA